GCCUCAUUAAUCUACCCACCGCUCAUUUCGAAAUAGACAUUCGGAUACCGUUCGGAUAGUAUAACUUUCGCUUCACUUACUCAAUCUCCGGUCUUUACCCACAGGGAUUUGCAUUCGUUUAUAGUUUAUUUCAAAAUUUGGCAGUCGCUCAUGUUAUAUCUGCUCUUGGAAAUAGUUGAUAGAAAAAUAGUAGAUUUAGUUGCUGUAUUGAAGUAGUACUGUUAUUCAUAAAGAGAUGUUUUUUUUUGUUUUUUGUUUUUUUUUUUGUAAAACCAAAAUGCCGCUUUUUUAGGGAAUUUGAUCAGUUGGUCAAAAUGAAAAUCUCUCAAAGGCCCGCCCACUUCAAAGUCCAGUGCAUAAGUGGAAAACGAGCAGUCGGCUUCAUCUAGCCGGGCAUCGAUCAGUUACAUACUAAAAUCUCAAAAGCCAAGCCAUGUCUGUUAAACAUGAAAAUGAUUUUCGUCUUUUUGUUAAAAAUGCGAAGCAAGUAGUCUUAGUUUGCAACGGUGGAGAGAGAUUUCUAACCAAAGAUGGAAUGCAAAAAUUGCCCGUAGUCGAGAAUGGAAGUUUGAUUAUCGGGAACGAUGGGCUGCUGAAAGCGGUGGGCCCUGUGGACGCGAUCGACGCUCGGUAUAAAGGGGCAUCUUUUGACACCGUUAUUGAUGCCUCCGGCAUGGUUGUCAUACCAGGACUGAUCGAUGUCCACACUCACCCUGUGUGGGCAGGGGACAGAGUUCAUGAAUUCGCCAUGAAGCUGGCAGGAGCCACCUACAUGGAGGUCCACCAGGCUGGAGGUGGGAUCCACUUCACUGUGGAACACACUCGCCGGGCUUCCGAGGAGCAGCUGCUGGUGGACCUGACACGGCGGCUGACUCGUAUGCUUCGGACCGGAACCACCCUGGUGGAGUGUAAGAGCGGCUAUGGGCUGGACCUGGAGACAGAGAUGAAGAUGCUGGCGGUGAUUGAGAGGGCUCGCUUGGCAUCUCCCAUUUGCAUCUCUUCCACCUACUGUGGAGCACACGCUGUGCCCAGCAGGGGGAAGACCCCGGCAGAGGCCGUGGAAGACAUUGUGCACAUCCAGCUCCCUCGGCUGCAGGAGAAAAUGACAAAGGGUGAGCUCCAAGUGGACAACAUUGACGUAUUCUGUGAGAAGGGCGUGUUUGACCUUCACUCCACCCGGACCAUUCUCCAGGCCGGAAAGGACAUGGGCCUGCAACUAAACUUCCAUGGAGAUGAACUGCAUCCCAUGAACUCUGCCCAGCUAGGGGCACAGUUGGGUGCGUUGGCCAUCAGCCACCUGGAGGAGGUGACAGAUGAGGGGAUAGCGGCCAUGGCAAAGUCCAAGACUGCUGCAGUGCUGCUGCCCACUACAGCCUACAUCUUGAGGCUCCCUCAGCCGCGAGCAAGGGACAUGCUGGAUGCCGGCGUCAUUGUGGCCCUGGGCAGUGACUUCAAUCCCAAUGCCUACUGCUGCUCUAUGCCCAUGGUCAUGCAUCUGGCCUGCGUCAACAUGAGACUGUCCAUGGACCAGGCACUUGCUGCCGCUACCAUAAAUGCUGCAUACGCUUUGGGCCGCUCGCACAGCCACGGCUCACUGGAGGCUGGCAAGGAGGCCAACUUGCUCAUUGUCGACUGCCCCCGGUGGGAGCACUUAAUAUACCAGUUUGGAGGACACCAAGAGCUCAUCAAGUAUGUUAUUAUAAAAGGGGAAGUUGUGUAUGAAAAUAAAAACACAAUGUCCUACUGAACAUUUACAGUUACUGAACAAUACCAACUUUGGUGUUUAGUAUUACUGCUUUCACACAGCCCAUCUUUUGUUUAAUCAAUACCAGUGUUUAAAAAAUGUAAAUACAAUGCUGCUGUUAUUUUAUUGUCUGCCAUGUACAAUGCCUGUGAUUGUAAGUGAUGUACUAUAGGAACCUCAUUUUUGAAGCACUGUCGAUAAAUUUAAUUAGUUGAAAAUGAAAUACAUUUUGGCAAUUACUGUUAUCCUUGAACAAUCUUAAUUAAAAACAAGAAAUAAAAACUUGA